CCCACGUCCAUGAUAAUUAUACAUUCAUUUUUUUGCACCGAUUAAUUCAUGUCUCAUCAAUUCAACAACGACCAAAUUCAAGACGGUAAUACCAACUAUAACUUGGCCAGUGCGUGGGCUAUGAUUGGCUCGUAGAAAUUGAUCAAUGCAAAGCCCGAAGCUAUAGUUGGGCGAUCGCAACGCCAUUCUCUGCCAAUUAUUACGAAGCUAACCAUGCAAAAGAUAGUUAUACAUUCGUAUGUGUAGUCAAAUUUAGCGGGAGUUUCUCAGCACAUGAGAUAUUCAUAUAUUUUGUUAAAUUCGUUUUCUACUUGAUUUGAAGUUGUUUUUUUAUCAAAUAAAUUUUAAAAGUUACUUUUAAUCACUUCUCGAAAUGGAAAGUAAUAAUUGUGGCACAAAAGUUCUUAUUUCUAGCAAUACGAGUUUAGUUACAGGCAAUUCAAGAAGCAUUGUAGAUAAUGUCAAAUUUAACAAUGAACCACUGGAAGAAUCUAAAAUAAAUCAAAAGAAAAGAAAACGACAGGAAAAAGUGGAAAACAAACAAUUAGAUGAAGAAGAAUAUAAUCAACAAAUUCAAGAACAACAAUAUAAACGAUUAAUGCAUUUGUUAAGUAGAAGUAAAUUUUAUGCUUCAUUUAUUGUUAGUAAAAUUGACAAAAGUUUGGAGAAAAAUGUCAGUAAAUCUAACAAAUCCACAAAAAAGGAUGUAAAGAAAAUAGAGUAUGCAGAUGAAAACAUAGCGCCACAUGACAAAGGAAAAAAAAGAAAUAAUAAUACACAAAAAUAUAUAUCUAAAGAUGUACAAAAGAAAAUACAUAUGAAUAAAAACAAGUUGAAUUUAAGUGAAGAUGAAAUUGAAAAUGAAUUAAAAAAUGAUUUUAAGGGUGAAACAGAGAAUAGCAACAAUGUUAUUAUUGAAACACCAAAAUAUUUUAAAGGAGAGUUAAGAGACUAUCAGAAUGAAGGACUCCAAUGGCUGAAAGUUCUUUAUGAAAAUGGCAUAAAUGGAAUUUUGGCUGAUGAAAUGGGACUUGGGAAAACAGUUCAAGUCAUAGCCUUACUGUGUCAUCUCAUUGAAAAACGACAAGAUGGACCAUAUUUAUUAGUUGCUCCUCUCUCAACUCUACCAAAUUGGAUGUUAGAAUUUGAAAAAUUUGCACCGAACUUGCCCAUUGUGUUAUUUCAUGGAACACCAGAGGAAAAAUUAAUACUAAGGAGCAAAAUUAAACAUAAAUAUAAGAUUACAGAAACUUAUAGUACAUUCCCAAUUGUACUUACAUCUUUCGAAGUCCCAUUACUUGAAAGCAAUUUUAUUAAAUCUUUAAGCUGGAGAUAUAUAAUCAUAGAUGAAGGACACAGAAUUAAAAAUCAUGAAUGUCAACUUAUAAAGAUUUUAAAGGCUUGUAAAUCCAUGAACAGACUUUUAUUAACAGGCACACCACUACAAAAUAAUUUAGCAGAACUGUGGUCAUUGUUAAAUUUUUUGUUACCAGAAAUUUUUGAUGAUUUAGCUGUUUUUGAAUCAUGGUUUGAUGCAAAAAAACAUCAGGGUGAUGAAGGAACAAAAAAAUUCUUAAAGCUAGAAGAAGAAAAAAGAGUACUGUCAUCAUUACGUGAGAUAUUACAACCAUUUCUGUUGAGACGUGAAAAGAGCGAGGUUUGUUUGGAUGUGCCACCAAAAAAGGAAUUAGUUGUUUAUGCCCCUCUGACAGAAUUACAGCAUAAUUUAUAUAAAGCAGUAUUAAAUCAUGAUAUAGAUCAAUUAAGUAAGAUUGAAGAAGAACCAAUUAUAUACACGGAAGAUGGUAAAAGACCAAAAAGAAAAUGUGUCUCCAAAAAUAUGAAUAAUAUUAUGAGAACAUAUCUUGAUAAUGAUGUCUCAUCAAAUAGUUCACUUCAAGAAAUUGAUGAUAGCAGAAACAGUGAAACUUGGAUAAAUGUAAAAUCUGGAAAUGAAGAAAAUUUAUUAAUGUGGAAAAAAUACACUGAUGUUACAGAGCGUAAUAGAGACUUCUUAAUUAAUGUUCAGACUAGACAUAUUAUUUUGUACAAAAAGAUUGUAAAUCACCCAUAUUUAAUACAUUGCCCAUUAGGUCCAGAUUUCUUGCCACAAAUAAACGAAGAAUUAGUUAGAUCAUCUGGCAAGCUUUUAGUAUUAGAUGCAAUGCUUGCAAGACUUAAAAAGCAUGGGCACAAAGUCUUAUUAUUUUCCACCAUGACAAUGAUAUUGGAUAUUAUAGAAGAUUAUCUUUCAUUACGUGAUUACAAAUAUGUCAGAUUAGAUGGCUCUACUAAGCUUGUGGAUCGAAAGGAAAAUAUUCACAAUUUCAAUACAAAUCCUGAAAUAUUUCUAUUCCUUAUAUCUACAAGAGCAGGUGGCGUUGGAUUAAAUCUUGUUGGGGCAGAUACUGUUAUCAUAUAUGAUUGUGAUUGGAAUCCUCAAGUGGAUAUACAAGCUAUGGCACGUUGCCAUAGAAUAGGUCAAACACGUCCAGUAGUAAUAUAUAAAUUAUGUACCAAAGGAACUAUUGAUGAAGCAAUUAUUAAUCGCGCUGAGGCAAAACGCCUUCUAGAGAAAGCAGUAAUCUCCAAACACAUUCAGUCGAUAAAUGUGAAUAACAAAGCAGAUUUACUGAAGUUACAAAAACUUUUAGGAUCAAAAGAAUGUCAAAUAGUUGCAUCUGAAAAUGAAGUCUUUACGGAGGAAGAACUUGACAACCUAUUAGAUAGGAGUGACUUAUACAGAAAACAAGGAGAAACUUAACUUGCUUAACUUGCUUCAACUUCUUCCUUGAAAUGGAUAAUUCAGUAUAAAUAUAUAAGUUUGCUUUAGUUUCAUAUUAUUUUUAGUUACUAUGUAAUAUUUAUUUUUGUAUCAUUUGUCAUGUAAUACUAAGGUUUAUUUAAUGAUGUUUAAACAAAAAGUAAAGAAAUAUUUUAUUUUAUAAAAGAGUUCAACAUACAAAACAGUCAGUAACAGUUAUACUAGUCUGAUAUACUUAUGAUUUAUUUAAUUUCGUACGUAGAAAAUACUUUCCAGUUAUAUUUUUAUUUUUAUAAGAUUGAUUUAGUUGAUCACGAAGUUCUGCUUCCAAUCUUGUAUAAAUUCCUCCUGCUUUGAAUAAUAUUAUUUAUAAAAACUGUAUAUUUUCUAAAAAUAUAAUAUGUGAUAAAUGUA